AUGAAAUUUCCGGAUUUAUCAAUGUCAAAUCCAGUUCGACUUCGUGAUCUUAUUCGACAAAUACGUUCAGCUAAAACAGCAGCUGAAGAACGUGCUGUUGUGCAAAAAGAAUGUGCGUAUAUACGAGAUUCAUUUCGUGAUGAAGAUAAUACAUGGAGAUGCCGUAAUGUUGCUAAAUUAUUAUAUGUUUCAUUACUUGGUUAUCCAGCACAUUUUGGACAACUUGAAUGUCUUAAAUUAAUUGCAUCAACACGUUUUACUGAUAAACGUAUUGGUUAUUUAGGAGCAAUGUUAUUACUUGAUGAACGACAAGAUAUUCAUGUAUUGAUUACAAAUUCACUUAAAAAUGAUCUCAAUCAUUCAAAUCAAUAUAUAGCUGGUUUAGCAUUAUGUGCAUUAGGUUCAAUAUGUUCACCUGAAAUGAGUCGUGAUUUAGGUGGUGAAGUUGAAAAAUUAAUGAAAUCAUCAAAUCCAUAUUUAAAAAAAAAAGCUGUUCUUUGUGCUGUUCGGAUAAUACGAAAAGUUCCUGAACAAUUUGAUGUUUUUCAAAAUUCAGUUCGUAGUUUACUUAGUGAAAAAAAUCAUGGCGUUCUUCUUUCUGCUAUAACUCUUAUCACGGAAAUGUGUGAACAAAAUAAUCAAGCAUUACAAGUUUUUCGAAAAUUAGUACCAAAUCUGGUUCGUAUACUGAAAAAUUUAAUAAUGUCAGGUUAUAGUCCUGAACAUGAUGUAUCAGGCAUAAGUGAUCCAUUUUUACAAGUACGUCUUCUACGUUUAAUGCGUGUAUUAGGUCGAAAUGAUAUAGAAGCAAGUGAAAUAAUGAAUGAUAUAUUAGCACAAGUAUCAACAAAUACUGAAAAUACGAAAAAUGUUGGUAAUGCUAUUUUAUAUGAAACUGUUUUAACUAUUAUGGAUAUUAAAUCUGAAUCUGGAUUACGAGUUUUAGCGGUGAAUAUUUUGGGACGUUUUUUACUUAAUAAUGAUAAAAAUAUUCGUUAUGUUGCAUUAAAUACACUCUUACAUGUUGUACAUGCUGAUCAUAGUGCUGUACAAAGACAUCGAGCAACAAUUGUUGAAUGUCUUAAAGAUGCUGAUGUAUCAAUAAAACGUCGAGCUAUGGAAUUAUGUUUUGCACUUAUUAAUUCAAAUAAUAUUCGUACAAUGAUUAAUGAAAUGUUAACAUUUCUUGGAACAUGUGAACAAGAAUUUAAAGCUGAUUGCACAUCAAAUAUGUUUUUAGCUAUGGAUCGUUUUUCACCAUCAAAACGAUGGCAUGUCGAUCAAAUGAUUAAAGUUCUGACAACAGCGGGUAAUAGUGUUCGUGAUGAUAUUGUAUCAAGUUUAAUUGGUAUUAUAUCAUCAUCACCAGAAUUACAUGGUUAUACAGCACAACAAUUAUAUAAAAUUAUUCGUAAUGAUAUAACUCAACAACCACUUGUUCAAGUAGCAUUAUGGACAUUAGGUGAAUUUGGAGAUUUAUUUGUUAGCGGACAAUAUCAACCUUCGGAUGACGAAGAAAAUAUACAAGUUACGGAAGAUGAAAUAGUUAAUAUAUUAGAAAAAAUCUUAAAUUGGUCAAUAAGUACAGUUAUUACGCGUGAAUAUGCAAUAAAUGCAUUAAUGAAAUUAAGUACUCGAUUUCCUAGUUGUUCAGAUCGAAUACAAUCCGUCAUGACUGUUUAUGCUUGCAAUAUGAAUUUAGAAUUACAAACACGUGCUGUUGAAUAUACAUCACUUUUUACUAAACAUAAUUCAAUCAGGUCGAGUAUUGUCGAACGUAUGCCUGUCCUUGUUAGUAAUCAAACAUCUACUACAAAUAAUGAAGAACCAACAUAUGAACAAGAAGAAUCUUCAAUUAAUGGAAUUAAUUCUUCAUCAACAUCAGAUAUAAAAACUGAACCAGUGGUAGAUUUAUUUAAAAUUCUCGAUGAACCAUCAUCAACAAAUACUGGAAAUGAAUUUAAUACGGAAAAUAAUCUAUUUGAUUUAUUAAAUUCUAAUAAUCAACAAUCGGUUUCAUUAUCAAAUCCACUUGAUGAUAUUUUUGGUAAUGAUUUAUUAAGCAAUCAAUCAAUUAAUGGUAAAAGUUCAUCUAUUCCAUCAAUGACAGCUAUUGAUAAAAAUGGUUUACGUAUUAUAUUUCAAUUUGAACGACAAGAUAAAAUUUUAUUUAUUCAUUCACAAGCAACAAAUUCAACAAAAACACCUAUAACAAAUUUUGUUUUUAAGGCAGCUGUACCUAAAACACUUAAUCUUGAAUUACUUCCUCCAACUGGUACAACAAUACCAUCAGAUAAUUCUGGAGAUCUUCGUCAAACAAUAAAAAUUUUAAAUCCAAAUAAAGAAAAACUUCGUAUGCGAAUUAAACUUAAUUAUUUAUAUAAUAAUUCACCAAUAAGUGAUGAAGCUGAAUUAAAUACGUUUCCUGAACAGUGCUACAGUUGA